AUGGACAAGAAGAUAAAAUCUGCUCAGCACAAAAAACUAGUCGCAGUGGAAAACAUUAAGGCGCAGGAGCGCUUAAAGCAGAACUUCAAACCCGUAAAUGUAGGUGAAAUCCCGGAGGUUAUGGAGGGUUUGGAGCUACACAGACAGGACUUUUUUGACGCGGUGGCAAAGCUGGAAGAGUAUGACGACACCAGUGAUGCGAUUCAAGCCUGUAUUACUGACAGGAUCGAUAUGGAAGAGCGCUGCCGGCGGCUGAGAUCGUUCCUUAGAGAAAACCAGCGGAAGGAAACCAAUGCGCUCAACGACUCCUUAUUGGCAAACUCAACCCUAGCGUUUGGACGGCCAAACACAUCAAACAUACGUUUUCCCAAAAUCGAAUUACCAACGUUCGACGGUGAUUCGACAAAGUGGUUGUCAUUCCGCGAUCGCUUUGUCGCGAUGAUUGACGCAAGUGCCGAGCUGCCGCCAAUUGCAAAACUGCACGAUGCAGAUGUGCAGUGUGCAGAUCAACACCUGGUUCGAAAUUGCCCGGUAUUUUUAGCUAAAAAUACUCAGGAGCGGCGGGAAAUCGCACGGUCAAAGGGAUUGUGCUGGAAUUGUCUCAGUUGUUCCCAUCAAGUGAGAUCGUGCAAAUCCGAGUAUUCUUGCCGUUCGUGCAAGGAACGGCAUCAUACGCUGCUUCAUCAACCACCACAACAACCUAAAGUCGCUUUGUCAGCCCAAUCAGAUGAUGAUAUGGUGUUUCUCGAGACGGCUAUUGUGUUCAUCGUAGACGAUUAUGGAGAGAAACAUGAGGCACGGGCGCUUUUGGAUUCGGGCUCUAUGUCCAACUUCAUUUCGGAUACGUUAGCUCGGAAGCUCAUGACACCUCGAGCGAGAGUUAAUGUAUCAGUGUCUGGCAUCGGAACUUCAAGGCAGCAGAUAAAGGGUUCGACCACGGCGAUCGUUCGUUCAAGGAAGCUUCAAUUCACCACCCCAUUGGAGUUUCUGAUCCUGGAUACACCCUCGGCGGACAUUCCCACCUCACCAAUCAACGUGUCUAUGUGGAACAUCCCGGAUGUAACGCUAGCAGACCCCACGUAUCACAUCCCAGGCAAGGUCGAUGUGGUCAUCGGUGGCGAUACGUUCUGGGAGCUGCAUACCGGACGCAAGCAAUCUCUCGGUUCGGGUCUGCCAUGGUUGGUAGAAACGCAGUUUGGAUGUGCGGUAGCAGGAAAUACAACGCAUUCGUCACAACAACAUCGGGUGUGUAAUAUGGCAACGAGCGACAGUCCGUUGGAAGCCAUAUUGACGCGGUUCUGGGAGAGCGAGACCAUCUUCGACGAGACCGCUCUAUCUCUGGAGGAAGACAUGUGUGAACGUCAUUUCAUCUCUACUACAACCAGAGACCCAUCUGGCAGGUAUGUCGUACGUUUACCACAAAAUCCUAAUUCGAAUGUCGUUUUAGGAGAAUCGAAAGCAAUCGCUGAUCGUCGUCUCCUAGCGGUGGAACGGCGGCUCAAGUCUAACCCUGCAAUGAAGGAAGAGUAUAGUAAAUUCAUGUCGGAGUGUGAGCGCUUAGGGCACAUGAAACAACUCACCGAGCCGGUGGACGAUUCGUGUGAACACUACUAUCUCCCUCAUCACGCGGUGCUUAAGGAAUCGAGCACAACCACCAAGGUCAGGGUAGUCUUUGACGCGUCGUGCAAGACAUCUUCUGGCUACUCCUUGAACGACAAACUCCUGGUUGGGCCGGUGAUCCAAGACGAUCUGUUCACCAUCAUCGUUCGUUUCCGGUCUCACGCAGUCGCACUCUCAGCAGAUGUUGAGAAAAUGUAUCGCCAAAUUCUCCACGAUUCUCGCGACACUGAAUACCUGCGCAUUCGGUAUAGAGGAAACACCGCAGAGCCGAUUCAGACGUUCCAACUACAAACGGUAACAUAUGGCACGUCUUGCGCACCCUUCCUAGCAACUAGAACGCUACAGCAGAUCGCUCUCGAUCACAAGAUGCAAUACCCCCGAGCAGUGGAUCCUGUAUUGCACGAUUUUUAUGUGGAUGACCUGCUAACGGGAACAGACGAGUUGGCAGAUGCAAUUGAAAUGCAAAGGCAGAUUUCCGAGAUGCUCAAGCAGGCAGCAUUCGUGUUGAAGAAGUGGGUAUCAAACGUACCCGAAGUACUAAUCGGCAUUCCUUCAGAAGACCUUGCCAUCCUUCUUACUCAUGAAUGGCAAGAUCCCCAAUUUGUAUCGACGCUUGGUCUGGUUUGA